GCCUCUGCUCAGACAGGCAAAGGGCUCUGAGAAACGUCAGGCGGAAGAGCAAAAGGGGAGGAAAAAAAAACCAAAACCCCGACAGCCGAAAAGAGACCCGGUGCCUUCUCGCUUUCUCGAGAAAAGGAGCUAGAGCCGGUCGCCAAGGCGUUUAGCAUUCCUCCAGGACUCGACCCGUCUUUGAAAGACACCGCCAGAGCAGAACGAACCCCCCACUCCAAGUCCUGCUGUUUUGCUCGGGUUUCUUCCCUCUCUCCCUCUCCUUUUUCCCCCCCUCCUUCUUCCUUCGGUUUGAGCUAAGAAAAAAAAGGACCGUAUAUCCGCAGCGUCUGGAAACGAUUGAAGAUGAACUCGCAGAGAACCAGCUGUUUGAUCCUGGCUUUUGCCAUCCUUCAAUUAGUAAAUAGGGUGAUUUCUUCUUCUUGCCCAGACACUUGUGAAUGUCCUCUGGAGGUCCCCAGAUGCGCUCCAGGAGUGGGUCUGGUUUUGGAUGGUUGUAAAUGCUGUAAAGUCUGUGCUAAACAGCUCAAUGAGGACUGUAGCAAGACGCAGCCUUGUGAUCACACGAAAGGGCUGGAAUGCAACUUUGGCGCCAGUUCCACAGCUCUGAAAGGGAUCUGCAGAGCACAGUCAGAAGGAAGACCCUGUGAAUACAACUCCAAAAUUUAUCAGAAUGGAGAAAGUUUUCAGCCCAAUUGCAAACACCAGUGUACAUGCAUUGAUGGAGCUGUUGGCUGCAUCCCACUCUGCUCGCAAGAACUCUCCCUUCCAAAUUUGGGCUGUCCUAACCCAAGACUAGUAAAAGUCCCUGGUCAGUGUUGUGAGGAAUGGGUCUGUGAUGACUCCAAAGAUAACCUGGAACAGAUGGAAGGAUUCUUUGGCAAAGGUUUUGAUGUGGAUGCUACUGAAGGAGAAUUGACCAAAAACAAUGAAUUAAUAUCCAUGAUAAAAAGAAAGCUGAGAAUCUUACCAGUCUUUGAAACCGACAUUCACAGCCAUUCAUUUGAGAAUCCAAAAUGCAUAGUCCAAACAACUUCAUGGUCUCAGUGUUCAAAGACCUGUGGAACUGGAGUCUCUACGCGAGUCACCAAUGAUAAUCCUGGAUGUAGGCUAGUUAAAGAGACCAGGAUAUGUGAAGUGAGGCCAUGUGGGCAGCCUAGUUACGACUCCUUGAAGAAGGGAAAGAAAUGCACCAAGACCAAAAAGUCUCAAGUUCCAGUCAAGUUCACUUAUGCAGGAUGCUCAAGUGUAAAAAAGUACCGCCCGAAGUACUGUGGCUCAUGUGUGGAUGGUCGAUGCUGCACUCCGCAACAAACCAGGACUAUCAAGGUCCAGUUCCACUGUGAUGAUGGAGAGACCUUCAACAAGAAUGUCAUGAUGAUCCAGUCUUGCAGAUGCAGCUACAAUUGUCCCCAUGGAAAUGAGGCAUAUCCUAAUUACCAGCUAUUCAAUGACAUCCACAAAUUUAGGGACUAAGUGGUGAUGUGUACAGGCUUGAGAAGGAGGAUUGUAAUUAAUAUCUGACUUUAUUUUUGAAGUACCAGUGUGGAAAAAAAUGAACUCUUAUUGAGGUGAUGCCUUUACCCAGUGGAGGGCAACAUAGAGCAACAAGGAAGGACUCUGUGACUGGUUACUCUUACAAAAGUUUGAGCAUACUUAAAGCUUCAUAGUACUGGAGCAAAUUUACUGCUUCAAUUUGGAGCACUUGUGAUUACUGAUUUCUGUUUCUAUCUGUUUAUGCAAAGUUUUGUCUGUUUGGGCAGUGAAAACCUUCAGUUUCUACUGUUCAGCAUAGCAUCAUAUUUUUGUUGUUUGAAAGUCAUGUUGGAAGUUAACACUCCUUUCCAAGGUGGGCACUUUUGGAGUGCCCAUCUAUGGCAGCUAUAAGCAUCAGCUACGUAUUUCAUAUCAACAAACAGAAAUUGGAUGUUUUUAAAGCUGAAUAUUUUAUUUAUCAAAAUGUAGCUUUGUUCUUGGAGGGAGAAAAAAAACCUUAAUACUGGAAUAAGUUGUACAUAAUUUAAUUUUAUAUUCAAUGAAUUAAAGUUUAUUUAUAGAAUUAAUCAUUUAAUAAAGAAAUAUUUACCUAA